AUGUGGAAGGGCGUCGUCGUCGCCUACAUCGUCGUCGCGCUGUGCUACUUCCCUGUCUCAUUCGUCGGUUACUGGGCCUUUGGCAAAACUGUUGACAGCGACAUCCUCGUCACGCUCUCCAGGCCCAAGUGGCUCAUCGCCCUCGCCAACAUGAUGGCCGUUAUCCAUGUCAUUGGCAGCUACCAGAUUUAUGCGAUGCCGGUGUUCGACAUGAUGGAGACGGUGCUGGUGAAGAAGCUGCGGUUCCCUCCAGGCCUGACGCUCCGUCUGAUUGCCCGUACCGUCUAUGUUGCGUUCACAAUGUUCAUAGCCAUCACCUUUCCCUUUUUCGAUGGAUUGCUCAGUUUCUUCGGUGGAUUCGCGUUUGCGCCGACAACUUAUUUCCUUCCCUGCAUCAUGUGGCUCGCAAUCUACAAGCCCAAAAGGUUCAGCCUCUCAUGGUUCGCCAAUUGGAUCUGCAUUAUACUUGGAGUGCUUCUGAUGGUACUGGCGCCGAUUGGAGGACUCCGGAAUAUCAUUAUUAGCGCCAAGACAUACCAUUUCUACCAGUAA